AUGAGUGUUCCACACAAUGGAGUUAAUUUGAGAGUGGUCUGGCGCCGUGGCUAUCCAAGUUCUACUAAGGAUCUCGGGAGAUUUUCCUUGGAGGUCGCACAAAAGGCUCUUUCUUUUUAUAAUGAUUACUUUGCUAUUCCAUAUUCCCUGCCUAAGCUUGACUUUCUUGCUGUUCCUGAUUUUGCUGGUGGAGCUAUGGAAAACUGGGGCCUUAUAACCUUCAGGUUGGUUAUUUGCUUUGCCAAAUAUUUCUUAUCUCUUCCGGUUUUCACGUUUUCAUUAAUGUAA